ACCCUCACCCCCCAAAAAAAAUAUGUUAUAAAAUGUCAAACCCACUGACCUUCAUUAACACACACAGAAUUAGAAAAAGGUGGAGAAGGUAAUAAUUGGCCAUUGGAAAGUUGAAGAUUUCCACGCAAUAAAGUAAAGAAGGGGGUUUUUGAGAUUGGGUUGUCAGUUGACACACAGCCGAACGAAACGUCCCUCUCUUUCCCUCCCCUUUCCCACACUUAAAUCCGGUAAUACACGAGCGCCACCUCAAUUCCCCCACCAUCUUCGUCAUCCAAACUUCUUCUACUGCCUUUACUUUGCUUCACCUUCCACUUUAACACAGCCCUCAUCUGUAAGCAAGCGCUUCCAUGCUCAUUAUUUACUGCAACUGUUGUUGAUUUCUCACCCAACUUCGUUAUUUGGGAAGUGGGGGACUUCCAAUUUUUCCAAUUCACCUACUUUAUCCAACUGGGUCUCGCUCGUUUGCGGUCAAAUACGUGCUGCCAAUUCCUGAUAUGCCAUUUUGACUUGUUUUGGGCGAGUUUGACUCCUGGGAUAUUGUUAGUUUUUGCCGAGCUUUGUGUUUUCUUUGGUUGCUUACCGCUGUCUUGCUCUUAAGGGGUGGUGUAGUUACAAGGGGUAAUCUGAAUCAUUUAGGUAAUUUUAAUUUAAUGGCAUUUCUGAGUUGAUGGUAACCGAGGUAUACUUUGCUUGUCAGUUCGAUUGAUUUCCAGUUGAUUAGGAUAAUUAUGUGAAUUUGAUCUCUUUGGUUGUCUGGGCUGGUGUUGAGUUCCAUUACUCAGAAGAUUGUAGAUAACAUCCUGAUGAUCCUGUAGCUUGGUAGUUUUUACAAUUCAAUUGCUGUUUCGUUGGCUUCCUUUUCAUGGCUGAUGCUGGGGCUAGUGUACCAGGCGAGUUGAGAAAGAAAUGAGAAGAAAGUGGCAAGCGGGAUGUCAGGUUCCGUUUCAGAGAUAUCCAUUUGUAACCAACUAAACUGUGCUUCAGAGUCCUAUUAACAAGAGGCCAAACAGUUGCUUGUAACUUUCUAUACUGGAACCUCUAGUAAGUAUUAUAGAGAACCUCAAAGUAUAUGCCAUGACCGAUGUCAGUCCAAGGACUGAUAUCUCUACUGAUGUCGACACUGAUGACAAACACCAGAGGCUCGAUAUGCUUCAACGGAAUGCUGUGGCUUCUGAUUCCAGUGAUCGAACGAAAGAUAAGUCUGAUCAGAAGACUCUACGCAGGCUUGCACAGAAUCGUGAAGCUGCCAGGAAAAGCCGACUGCGAAAAAAAGCAUAUGUCCAACAGCUGGAGAGUAGUCGUUUAAAGUUGACCCAACUAGAGCAGGAGCUUCAGCGGGCACGGCAGCAGGGAAUCUUCAUAUCAAGCUCAGGAGAUCAGGCCCAUUCAAUGGCUGGAAAUGGGGCCAUGGCAUUUGAUGUGGAAUAUGCCCGUUGGUUGGAAGAACAAAACAAGCAAAUCAAUGAACUGAGAGCAGCUGUUAAUUCUCAUGCCAGUGAUACUGAACUUCGAAUGAUUGUGGAUGGCAUCUUGGCUCAUUAUGAUGAAGUUUUUCGGCUAAAGGGUGUCGCUGCAAAGGCUGAUGUUUUUCAUUUACUGUCUGGCAUGUGGAAAACUCCUGCUGAAAGAUGUUUUUUGUGGCUUGGUGGUUUCCGUUCGUCAGAGCUUCUAAAGCUUCUUGUCAAUCAAUUGGAGCCCCUCACAGAACAGCAGUUGAUGGGCAUAUCCAACUUGCAGCAGUCCUCACAACAGACCGAAGAUGCAUUGUCACAAGGCAUGGAAGCAUUGCAACAAUCGUUGGCUGAGACGUUAUCCAGUGGAUCUCUUGGCUCCUCGAAUACAUCUGGCAAUGUGGCAAACUAUAUGGGUCAAAUGGCCACGGCCAUGGGUAAACUUGGGACCCUUGAGGGUUUUAUUCGCCAGGCUGACAAUCUACGACAACAAACACUACAACAAAUGCAUCGGAUUUUGACAAUUCGUCAGUCGGCUCGUGCACUUCUUGCAAUUCAUGAUUACUUCUCCAGACUGCGAGCCCUUAGCUCCCUCUGGCUUGCUCGCCCAAAAGAGUGAAUAGCUUUUUGAUUUUUCCUUGAGUAUAUUGACAAAAGCACUAGAUUAACAAUUUAACAAUUGCUUGAGUUCUCAAUUUUCAUUGGUGUGCAUGAUUAUAUGUUAUCAAUCUUGUGAUGUUCUAGAGAUGCUACUUGUAAUAAGCUGUAUGUAUGUACCUGUAUUUUAUUUAAAGGAAGUUCCCCACCCUUCUUUUUAA